GCAGUUCAAGAAGGCCGUGACCGACGCCAUCAUGUCCCGCCGGGCCAUCCGCAACAUGAACACGCUGUAUCCCGACGCCACGGCCGAGGAGCUGCAGGCCGUGGACAACGUGUGCAUCAUCUGCCGCGAGGAGAUGGUGACGGGCGCCAAGCGCCUGCCCUGCAACCACAUCUUCCACACCAGCUGCCUGCGCUCGUGGUUCCAGCGGCAGCAGACGUGCCCCACGUGCCGCAUGGACGUGCUGCGAGCCUCGCUGCCGGCACAGCCGCCCCCGGAGCCACCGGCACCGGCACCGCCCCCGCCGGGGCCGCAGCCCCCACACCUUCCCCAGGGAAUUCUCCCUCCCUUCCCGCCGGGAAUGUUCCCGUUCUGGCCGCCCGUGGGGCCCUUCCCGCCCGUUCCCGGUGUCCAGGCCCCGGCCGGAACUGACAGCUCGGCCGCGACCGCCGGCACCGCUCCUGGUGAGUCCCACCCCGAAUCCCCCAGACCCAAAUCCUCCAACCCCAAAUCCCCCCAGACCCAAAUCCCUCCAACCCCAAAUCCCCCGGACCAUUUGGGAUAACCACUGACCCCUCCCUCAGGCGUGCCGCCCAUGCCGGUGCCGCCGGCCGGCUUUGCCGGGCUCACGGAGGAGGAGCUGCGGGCCAUGGAGGGCCACGAGCGGCAGCACCUGGAGGCCAGGCUGCAGUGCCUGCACAACAUCCACACGCUGCUGGACGCUGCCAUGCUGCAGAUCAACCAGUACCUGAGCGUGCUGGCAGCACUGGGGACCCCCCGAGCUGCCCCCCGGCCGCCCCCCGGCCGCGAGGCCCCCCCGGAGGAGCCCCCGGCACCGGGACCCUUGGGAGCCACCGGAACCACCGGAGCCACCGGAACCACCGAUCCGGCCCCGCCCGAGGAUGAGGAGGACGCGGCCGAAGGCCCCGAGCCCCGGGAGGGCCCCGACACGGCCGAGCUGCGCCGGCGGCGCCUGCAGAGGACCCCCCGAGACCUCCCCCACUGA